GCUGUUUUAAUAUUAGAUGUAAAAAUAUAUAGUAAAUACUAUAUAGUAACUAGACACAAAUAAACUAGAAAUAUGUCACAGAGAAUCUCUGCACUGCAAAAAAAAAAAAAACACAUGCACUUCCUGUGUUCAAAUUCAGGGGGAUUCAGGGGGAUCCAGCUGGUCCUCCCACUUCACCAGUACGCGUGACACAGCAGAGCAGAGAAGGAUUGGCCAUUGCGACUGCCAGUCAUUCCUCGGGCAGCAGCUUUGGCUCCUGAGUCUGGGCGAUGUCAAAGGCUGAAGCUGCACUCUGUGCCACAUUAGAACUGGUAGGGGGGAUCUCGUGUAAGCAAUGGCCACAGCUGCGUCCAAUCCCUACAGCAUUCUCAGCUCGGGCUCCAUGGUGCACCCGGACGCGUCGGUCAUGCAGCAAGGGAGUCCUUACAGGAACCACCAGAAACUGCUGCAGAGCGACUACCUACAGAGCGUGCAGACUAACGGCCAUGGACUCGGGCACCAGUGGAUGAGCAGCUUAUCCGAGAGCAACCCUUGGUCUGUUGAGCAGCAGGACGUGAAACCGGGACGGGAGGACCUUCAGCUUGGGGCGAUCAUACAUCACCGCUCGGCGCAUGUCGCACAUCAUUCGCCGCACGCCUGGGGUGCGUCCCACACCCCACCAUCCAUCAACCUGUACUCUCAGACGGGAUUCUCCGUAAACGGCAUGCAUGGCACCGGUGCUUUGACUCCACCACCACCGCAGACGCAGAGCGUUCACACUCCAGAACCCGGGGACCUCGGUGCGCACCACUGCCACGACCAUUCCGACGAGGAGACCCCGACAUCAGACGAGCUGGAACAGUUUGCCAAGCUGUUUAAGCAGCGGCGCAUCAAGCUUGGAUUCACACAGGCCGACGUCGGACUCGCGUUAGGCACCCUGUACGGUAACGUGUUCUCCCAAACUACAAUCUGUCGCUUUGAGGCUCUACAGCUGAGCUUUAAAAACAUGUGCAAGCUCAAGCCGCUGCUGAACAAGUGGCUCGAAGAGGCUGAUUCCUCCACCGGCAGCCCCAGCAGCAUCGACAAGAUCGCCGCGCAGGGCAGGAAACGCAAGAAACGGACCUCCAUCGAAGUGAGCGUCAAGGGAGUGCUAGAAACGCACUUUUUAAAAUGCCCCAAACCAGCAGCGCAGGAGAUUUUGUCUCUGGCUGACAGCCUCCAGCUUGAGAAGGAGGUGGUGCGCGUUUGGUUCUGCAAUCGGAGACAAAAGGAGAAGCGCAUGACUCCGCCUGGAGAUCAGCAAGGACACGAGCUUUACGCACAUACAGUCAACACGGACAGCAACUCGUGCAGAGAUCUCUGACCAACCAGACUCUUCUACUAAAUAUUUGGGCUUCUAUUUUUGUUUUUUAGAGGAUUGUAAAGAUGCUUCUUGCAUCUUUAACACUCGAUUCGAUUUUCUACUCGUGAUUCCACUGCAGGAAGACGCACG